UUUAAAAGAAAAAACAAAUUACACAGUAAGAGUAAUGUGACAAUCUCUAUAAUAUUAUUUGAGAAGUCAGUUUUUUACAUGUGUCGCUCACAUUAAUUCUAAUGAUGUUUAAUUACAUUGAUACACUUAAUGAAUCAAAUAUAUCUAAUUAUCAUUAUUAAUCAUUCUAUUUUAUUUUCUUUUUACUUUUUAUUUAAGUUUCAUUUUUCUUUAUAUUCUUCAAACUUAAUAAUAAAAAACAUUUAUAAAAUUUAAAACCGAAAAUAAAUUUUAUAUAUAAUGGAAUUCAUAAAAAGGAAAGUACACAAAAUAAUCUUGAUUUUGAAGUAAAGAAAUAACCUUUAUUUUAAAAGAUAAAAUUAAACAGCAUAAUAUAUAUUUUACAAUUAAUAAGUUUUUUAUUUAAAUCAAUUUAUUUCUCAAACUAUUACAAAAUAAUGAUUUAAAUAACAUAAACUAAGAUAUCUUUAAUCAAUAAAAAAAUUAUUGAAGUUUCUUUUUUAAAAAGCUUCCAAAUAACAUAUAUAAUAAAGAAAACAUUUAUAAAAUUUUAAAACGCAAAAUAUUAUAUAUUUGAUGUGAUUUCAUAGAAAAAAAUUUACUAUAAUAAUCUUAAUAUUAAAGUAAAGAAAUACUCUUCCAUUUAAAAAUUUAUCGGUUAUGUUUUAAUGCAACUUCGUAAUGAUCAUUACUUUAUUUCUUCUUAUUUUAUUUUUGUUAUAAUUUUUUUGGUUAUAGUCCUAUAGAUGCAAAUUUCCCAUAAAUCAAUCACCGUUGAAAAGGCGUUGCUUUUGGUUGGGUUUCCCUCUCUUCUCGUUCCCAUGUGUCCCUCCCUUCCUUUGGUUCAUGUUUGAAAUUAAGUUUCCAUCACAUACCAAAUCUAAAAGAAAAAAUACAAUAUCAGAAAGAAAAAGUCAAUUUAAUUCAAUUCAAAGCAAUUUCACGUUUUCUUAAUUUCUUCCUUUUUUCUUUUUAUAACUGAAAUUUGAAAUCGGAGCGAAGGAGAGAUAAUCUCUAGUUUACAUAAACGACGAGGGUGAUGAAUCUGAGUGUAACUCUACGCAUCUUUGCGGCGGUGUGCAUGGCCGUGAUCCAAUUAGCUUCUGGUAAUUUCGUGUUUAAUGUGACGCAUAAGUUCGCUGGAAAAGAUAAACAGCUAUCGGAGCUCAGAUCUCACGACAGCUUCCGUCACGCUAGAAUGCUUGCCAACCUUCAUCUACCUCUCGCCGGGGAUAGCCGAGCUGAUUCGAUCGGAUUGUACUACACGAAGAUCAAGCUUGGAUCACCGCCAAAGGACUACCAUGUUCAAGUUGACACAGGAAGUGAUAUACUCUGGGUCAACUGUGCACCUUGCCCUAAAUGUCCUGUCAAAACUGAUCUCAAUGUAAUGAUGCUUCUUUCAAACUCUUACUUGACCUUUCCGAAACAUUUCUCUCAACUGGUGUUUAUAUGUUUGAUGUGUAAGAUACCUCUGUCCUUGUACGACUCAAAAGCUUCCUCCACAUCCAAGAAAGUCGGGUGCGAAGAUGAUUUCUGCUCCUUCGUCUCGCAACCAGACGCUUGCGAACCCAUGAAGACAUGUAGUUAUCAUGUUGUGUAUGGAGAUGGGAGCGCAAGUGAUGGAGAGUUCGUCAAGGAUAACAUUACCCUGGAUCAAGUCACUGGAGACCUCCGAACUGCACCCCUUGCCCAGGAAGUCGUGUUCGGGUGUGGAAGCAAUCAAUCUGGACAACUUGGGAAGACUGACUCUGCAGUUGAUGGCAUUAUGGGAUUUGGACAAGCUAAUACCUCUAUCAUUUCGCAACUCGCUGCCGCCCGGAAUAAGAAGAGAAUCUUUUCACAUUGUCUAGACAAUGUAAACGGAGGUGGAAUUUUUGCUGUUGGGGAAGUCGAAUCUCCACUAGUGAAAUUUACUCCUUUGGUUCCCAAUCAGGUACAUUACAACGUCAUUUUAAAGGGGAUAGAUGUAGAUGGAGAACCUGUUGCUCUCCCACCAAGCAUAGCUAUUUUUGGCGGGAAUGGAGGAACCAUUAUUGACAGUGGUACAACUUUAGCUUACUUGCCAGAGAAUCUCUACACCUCGCUACUUCAGAAGAUUACUGCUCGGCAACCGGUGAAACUGCACACCGUACAGGAGACUUUUGCGUGCUUCAGUUUCACGUUAAACACAGAUAAAGCAUUUCCGGUAGUCAAUCUUCAUUUCGAGGACAACCUCAAAAUGAGUGUUUAUCCGCACGACUAUCUUUUCUCCCUUCGUAAAGAUUUGUAUUGCUUUGGUUGGCAAUCUGGUGGACUGACGAAUCAGGACGGAUCUGAUGGUAUCCUUUUGGGAGAUUUGGUGCUUUCAAACAAGUUGGUGGUAUACGAUCUGGAUAAUGAGGUCGUUGGAUGGGCAGAACACAACUGUUCGUCAAGCAUCAAAGUGAAAGAUGGAUCAGGAGCUGUUUACUCAGUCGAAGCAGAUAAUCUCAUAGCUUCUUCUUCUUCUCCUUCUUCUUCGUCUUCUUCGGAAACCGGAGACACAAUCAUUAAAGGAUUUUGAGGCAAAUGCGCAAGAAUUUUUGUUGUUGAAAUUGAGUGAUGUGGAAAACCAGAGCAAGUGGUCUAAUAUUAUUUGAUGAUUUCAUUGCAUUUUACAAAAUAAUUAGAGAUAUAGAACUAGUAGAUUUUAAUAAUGAGCCAACAUUGUGUUUAGUGUUAUAGAAUAGUGGAAAUACUAAAGAAAUGAAAUACAAAUAUGGAGACAGUACAAAUCAUAAUCUAAUAAGAAAAAGCCAAGAUGUCGA